UAUAUUUUACCUUUUUUUGAAAUGUCUGACACCUGUAUUCCACCCUCACCACUACCCUUCUUUCUCUCUCUCUACAUAUAGAUAUAUAUAUAUAUAUAUAUAUACGCAUUUUGAUCACACAAUUCCAUUCCCAACGAGUAAAAAACAACACACUCACUCACACAGUAGUAAAAAGCAUGGCCGUAUUUGGUCUUCUUCCCUUAGUAACUCUACUUCUCGCUUCAUCUGCAACUGCGUGCGAUCGCUGCGUCCGCCAAUCAAAAGUCGCCUUCUUCUCCAAAGCUCAAGCUCUUCAAUCUGGAGCUUGCGGCUAUGGCUCUCUCGCAAUCGGAUUCAACGACGGCCGCAUCGCAGCCGCAGCUCCGUCCAUCUACAAAGACGGAGCUGCCUGCGGCGCUUGUUUUCAAAUACGAUGCAAUAAUGAGAAAAUUUGUAGUAAAGAGGGGACGACGGUGACCGUGACGGACCGGAGUCCCGACAAUGCGACGGACUUCGUCUUGAGCAGCCGAGCUUUCACGGCGAUGGCCAAGCAAGGAAUGGGACAGGAACUUCUCAAACUUGGCAUUGCUAAUGUCGAAUAUCGAAGGGUACCAUGUGACUACAAGAACAAGAAUCUAGCAGUCCGAGUGGAGGAAUCGAGCCAGAAGCCACACUAUUUGGCAAUCAAACUACUAUAUCAAGGAGGCCAAACCGAAAUCGUCGCAAUCGAUAUAGCUAAGGUGGGGUCCGCAAAUUGGAAUUUCAUGAGCAGGAAUUAUGGGGCAGUUUGGGACACGAGUAGGGUUCCAGAAGGAUCGUUGCAGCUGCGGUUUGUGGUGACAGCGGGGUAUGAUGGUAAAUGGUAUUGGGCUAAAAGCGUGCUUUCAUCUGAUUGGACCAAAGGCGCGAUUUAUGAUUCCGGGAUUCAAAUUGCUGAUAUCGCGCAAGAGCCCUGCGCGAUUUGUGAUGAUGGCACCUGGAAACAUUAACUAAUGGAAAAUGUUGUUUUUUCUAACUGGAUAAAAUAGUAAAUUAGCGAUAAAGAAAUGUAUACGUAGUUUUGUUUUUUUUUUCUUCCUCUUUCCUUCUUACUUUCUUGUCUUUUUUGAAAUGAUAAACUUUUUUUGGUUCUUUUUAA